UUACAAAAUAUUGUUAAAAGCCAGCCUAAUUCCUACAUGCGCCACAUUGUUCAAUGUUAUGGAGUGUCUCAAUUUCCAAAAACCAAAGAUUAUAUUUUCGUAAUGUCAUAUAUGUCUAACGGAAGUCUAAAUUAUUAUUUAUCUAAUAAUUUUAAGGAUAUGACUUGGAAAAUGAAACUUGAUUUUCUUAGAAAUAUUGUUACAGGCAUUAAGUGGAUUCAUGAAAAUAAAAUUAUACACCGCGAUAUACACGAUGGAAAUAUAUUAAUAGAUAAAUGUUAUAUAAAAGAAGCUGAAAAGAAACGACAAGAAUUACUUAAUAUCAGGAGGCCCAUUGCUAAAAAUAUGCACCCUCAUUCUAAAACUCCCAGUAAAUUAUUAAAUCCUACUAUAGAUUCUAUGCUUUUAAAUUUAUUUCAAGGUUCUAGGUCUUCUACAUUAAGUUCUAGAGAUUCUUUUCAAAACAUUACCAGUGAUUUAUUUAAUAUUAUGUAA